GUGGGUGGGCGGCGAGGCAGGUACAGAGGCGCCGUGUGUGUUGCGGCGUCCCCCAGGCCGCAGUGAGGGGCCGCGAGGGAGUGUCAGUCUCGUGGCACAUCAACUAUUCCCUGCCGUCGGUACAAUACAUUCUGCAGUAUCUUUUUUCUUUUCUUUUUUUUUUUUUUUUUCCAGCCCACGAGGAAGUAGUAGCAGGCGCGGGUAAGUCUGAGCGAAGCAAUGCCCGCGCCAAGGUUAGUGCGGCGGGGUGUUUACAGUGUGCCUGCAGCCGCCAGGCCCCGGCAAGGCCACGCGUUGUGUUCAGCAUGCGAUCACGCGGCCAGCUAACUUAAUGUUUUGAUAGCCAGGCGCGGGAGGCCGAGAGGCAAACAGACAGUGAUCAUGAAAACCCACGGACGAAGCGUUCUGGAAAGCGUCGAUGCGCUGCGAAGGUUUCCCGCGCUGGCUGGCACCAGGGCGGCUCGCUAGGUCCAGUGUAGCUCCAGCCUUGGCCGAGCUCAGGACGAAGCGUUAGUGUUGCUCGCCGCCCGCCGCCCUUGCUCUAGUGACGCAGGACUCCCCGAGACGCCCUAGCACACCUGAAGGAGCAGCGACCAGCCUCCUCGUGGUGAUGGAGUAGCGGGGCAUGGGAGGCGGCUGAACAUUUCGUCACUUUAGAGUUAACAAGCGUCGUUUGAUGACUAAUUGAAUUGAUAGUUAAGACUCAGUACUGGUCAGUGCCGCGGUGUUGCCCAGGCAGACGCGGGAGUGUUGUACGAGUGAGUGAAGUGUUACGUUGUGGAGAAUGUCACUGUCUUGAAUCCAGGCUUCUCUUCUUCCCUGCCCUGCCCAGCCCUGCCCGCCCGCCCAAGUGACGCUGGUAUUCCUUCUUCAGGAGGUGCUAAGGACCUGCAGGGGAAGCGGAUCUGACUGGAAGCAGCAGAAGGAACACCAGAAGGAGAAGCAGUAGGAGUCCUGAGGCUGGUGGUGGUCCAGGCGUCGGCAGGAUGGCCGCCAGAGCGGCGCUGCUGCCCCUGCUGGCCGCCGUUGCUGCCAUCAUCUGCGGCGUGACCGCCGCCGCCACGCUGGCCUCUGUCUCCUCCAGUACCACGCCCGCCACGCCCACUAAGUUUCACGCCAUCCCCGCUGCGCGCACCGUCAUCUCAUCAUCUCCGGUGCUCCUGAGUAACCUAACGAGCACCAGGCCAAACACCACUGUGGGCUGGAGGUGUCCAGACGUCAGCAACAUCUCUGAAAUAUCCUGCACGUGUGAUGUGCCUCACACCAUCCGUUGCCGGGGCCAGGCGGUGCUCCCGCGGGAUUUGGCCGUCCUGACACAAAUCCUGCGCAAUCACGGCGGCGUGUCCUUGCUAGACUUAGCUGUGCACGGCCUUGGCAGCCCCGCCGGGAGCAGCUUUAAGGGUCUAGAGUUACUUGGCCUCGUCAUCACUAAGGCAGGACUGCAGACUCUGCCUUCAGACGUGUUCAGUGGCCUGGAGGCCACGCUGGUUGCUCUCGGGUUGCCCAACAACAAGCUCAUUUCCAUCCCCGUGGAUGCACUACGCCCAUUGCGUCAGCUGCAGCGGCUGGACUUAAGUGACAACCAGCUGCAUGAGCUUCCUUCCCGGGCCUUCCCGGCGCUACUGCAACUAGAGAACCUUGACCUCGCUGGCAACAGCCUCCGCCUCCUGCAGCCAGAGGCGUUCGUCCGGCUGCCUCACCUAACGUCCCUCAACCUUGCCUACAACCAGCUGGACGCCGUUCAGAUCAACGACAGAACCAUGCGUGGGUUGCACGGCCUUCAGCGCCUCUCCCUGCAGUCCAACCUUCUGAAGGGAGCCAUAACGCCAACCUUUAUUUCCGGCGUGCACGGCCUCAUCUCCCUGGACCUGUCAGACAACGCCCUCACCAUGCUGGCCCGUGGGGCACUGUCCGCCUGUUCCAACCUGCAAGAGCUGGACUUAUCGCACAACAUGAUCGAUGUCAUCGAGGACCACGCCUUCGUCAAUCUGACGCGGCUGCGUCGCCUCAAGCUGUCCCACAACCGCGUGGUGGCCGUGUCGGGCUGGUCGCUGGCUCACCUGCCACUGCUGACUCAUUUGGCCAUGGCCGACAAUGCCUUGCGAGCCAUCACAGCUGACCUGCUCCACCAGCUGCCCGCCCUCAAGUCUCUCGACCUGGACGCCAAUGACAUCUCGCUCCUGCAGCCACACGUUUUCAACAGCACCCCGGCCCUGCAGCACUUGUCCCUGGCCGACAAUCCCCUGCACUGUGACUGCAAGGUGUGGUGGCUGGUGGUGUGGCUGAUGCGUCACCCAACACUCAGCCAGGAGGAAAAGGCCAGUGCUGUCUGUGCCACACCCUCCCACCUGGAAAAUGCUCCUCUGGAUGAACUGACCAAGUCCCAGCUGGUGUGUUUUGAAGAGUCUUACCAUGACUACCACGAUUACUACCAUGACUAUUAUCACGACGAGGCGCUGGCAGAGGAUGCCCCUGACAUCCGGCGCUCUGAUGCAGAGAUCACGCUGCGAGUGGCCCACUGGGUGCACUCGGUGCUAGACAAGGAUGUGGACAAGGAUCUGUAUCAAGGUGUGGAGCUCAUCUGGCAGGUAGACGAGAGAGCAAUACCAUACACGUGUGAUGCAGUGCUGGUGUACCAGCUGGUGCAGGGGACUGCUGGUGCCCGUGAGGUGCUGGCCAUGAAGGUGGGCGCCAACUGUAGUUCAGAUGGAUCACAAAACCCCCACCGAGUGGCAGUGACCGUGCCAGCAGAGGCCCUGAUGCCAGGCUCCACCUACCGCUACUGUCUGACACUGCUGGAGCGUGGUACUGGUGAGCAGGAAGCCCUCCUGCCUGGCUGCUCAGAGCUCCUGCUGCUGUCAGAGGCCCCAUCUCCCACAUCGCAGCGCCGAGGCCGAGUGACCAGCCUGACUGCCGGGGGUGUUGGGAGAGCCCUGGUGGUCCACACACGGGUGGAUGAGGAUGGGCCAUGCACCUAUACGCUGGCUGUGGUAGCGGGACACAGACUGGCUGCCACCCGACAACUGAACUGUACCGAGGCACGUCACGAGUUCCCAUCACUGAGUGCCGGCCAAUACGUGGCAUGUGCAAGCCCUGAUCUCCCUGGCACCAACCACGACCUGGGCCACCUGGAGCACCGCCUCAAGGCUGCACAAAAUGUGACUGCAGCGCUGCAGCAGGACUUUGCCGUAUGCACACCAGUCAUCAGCUUUGUACCAUACGGGGAGCAAGAGAUGAGUGUGGGACCACUCCUCACGCUGCUCUUCACCCUGCCUGGCCUGGCACUGGUUGUGACACUGUAUGUCAUUGCCAGGAGAGUGUGGCGUGGCGGUGGCGUCCCCUGGCGCUGGGACCCAAGGACUCAAAAAUCAGGGAAGUACUUCCUGUACACAGGAGAGAUAGCAACUCCAUCCCUGAGUUUGGACCCACUGCCAGCAGAUAAUCCAGAGACCACCACUCCGGUCUAGGGGCAGCACCAGGCCCACACCCGUACAGUUCCUUUCUAGUCGAGUCAUAGUCAGGCUUGUAGUGGAGUACCUGGUAGUGCACCAUGGGAGAGCCUUCAGGCUGUGGUGCAGCAACACAACAGUGCCAUACACCUUGAGGAUGACUGAGGAAGGCUCAUGUCAGCAAAAAAUGUGUGUAUGUGUGUGUGCAUAUGGUGUGUGUAUGUAUUUGCUACUUUUAUUAAGUAUUUUUGUGCCAUGAAGCAAGUCAUUCUGGAUAGUGUGCUUAACGCAUGACUGAUGAAGUGUAAGUGUGCAAGCACUUUUUUUUACAUACAUCUACAUAUACAUAUACGUAAGUGUGAAGAAGAUGCCAACACCUCACUUGCUAGUAACUUGUGUUUGCACCAGUACGUAGCUUUAACCUACUGAAGAGUAGAUCUAAUCCUAAGUAGAGAAGUCCUCAUUUAGUCACAUGAAAUCAUGCAUGUCCUGUAUCUCACGUGACUAUUGUCUUGUCGGGUAGUGUGAAGGACAUUCUGUGAUCAAGGGUGAUGGACAACAGGGAAACAAAAUGCACUGAAGUACCAAAUUUUAAAAGAUGCUUCUGAUAUGAUUAUCAAUUAGAUUUAAAGCAAUACUGCAAUAUUGAUUCAUAGCACAGUAGUCAUGAAAAUAAAAACACAAAUGCUAAGAAAAGAAAUCUAACAAAUAUUUGCAGAAUAGUUCGAUUUAAGUAGCACUGGCAAAUCCAUUCAUCUGCAAUACUAGUCAUUCACAUUGUAUAUCCAUCACAUUGCCCCAUCAAGAUAACAUUAAGAAUAUUCCUUCACUUUCAGGUCCAAAAUACACUUAUAAUUUUUUAUACUGUGAUGUAAUCCAAAUUUAAACCAUUUCUAAUUUUUUGAAAUUAUGACGCCAGUUAUAAUGUUUGUUACCAGAGAAAAUAAUGUUAGUGGUCUGCAUCUCCUUCACCACUACAUGUGUUGGUGAAGGUGUGUCAGACUUUUUACUGUCUACAAAGCUUUAAUUUGUUACUUUGGCAAGAAUAGCACUGUUCCUCUCACCUGCAUUUUCCCCUUUAUGUAUAUUGUUUACAUGUCAGUUUCGAGGUGUGACUGCAGGGGGAAAUAGUAAUAUUCUAUGAUAAUAAUUUCCUGCCAUUUCUUUGCAUAUAUAUAUAUAUAUA